AUGCCGGAUGCCUGGCGAUGGCUGAGCGGCAGCGCGUUGCCGGCGAUCUCAGCACGGCCCGCUAUCGAAAAGUUACUGGUGGCCAACCGGGGCGAGAUCGCCUGCCGCGUGCUGACCACAGCCAAGCGCCUGGGCAUCCCUACAAUCGCCAUCUUCAGCGAGGCCGAUCGCCACUCCAGGCACGUGGCUAUGGCUGACGAGGCGUACUGCAUCGGGCCCGCCGCCGCCCGCGAGUCGUAUCUGCGCUCUGACCGAAUUCUAGAGGUUGCUGCGCGGACAGGCGCCACGGCGGUGCAUCCCGGCUAUGGCUUCCUGUCAGAGAACUCGGCUUUUGCAGGCGCGUGCCAGGAGCAGGGCAUUGCAUUUGUAGGGCCGCCCGCCUCUGCCAUCCUGGCCAUGGGCGACAAGUCUGAGGCCAAGGCGCUAAUGAGCAGUGCUCAGGUGCCCGUGGUGCCGGGGUACCAUGGAGAGGACCAAGCGGAACACAGGCUGCAGGAGGAGGCUGAGCGGGUGGGGUACCCGCUGCUGGUCAAGGCGGUGAUGGGGGGUGGCGGCAAGGGCAUGAAGCUGGCGCAAGAGCCCUCGCAGUUCCUGGAUGCACUGCACUCUGCCAAACGUGAGGCGCUGGCUGGUUUUGGCGACGACAGGGUGCUGCUGGAGCGCUUCAUUCGUCGACCACGCCACAUUGAGGUGCAAGUGUUUGCCGAUGCCCACGGCAACGUGGUCUACCUGUUUGAACGCGACUGCUCUGUGCAGCGGCGGCACCAAAAGGUGAUUGAGGAGGCACCUGCCCCCGGCAUCACCCCAGAGUUCCGCCGCUCCAUCGGCGAGGCGGCAGUGGCGGCGGCCCGAGCAGUGGGCUACCAGAAUGCAGGCACCGUUGAGUUCAUUGUGGACGUGGAUAGCGGCGGCAGCAGCGGCCAGCCGCAGGGCUUCUUCUUCAUGGAGAUGAACACGCGUUUGCAGGUGGUUGAGCAUCCGGUCAGCGAGGCUAUCACCGGCGUGGACUUGGUGGAGUGGCAGCUCCGGGUGGCUGCCGUGGAGCCGCUGCCGGUGCAGCAGGAGGAGCUGGAGAUUCGGGGGCACGCAUUCGAGGCUCGGCUGUACGCCGAGGACCCAGUGAACAACUUCCUGCCUGCAGGCGGCAGGCGACUUGCAUCCAUAUGCAGGGUGCUGCGGUGGUCGGUGCCUGCAAAUGCCGUUUUCUUCCAGGACGGCCCGCUGAGAGUGGACUCGGGGGUGCAGCGGGGGGACCUGGUGGGAGUCAACUACGACCCCAUGAUUGCCAAGGUUAUCUGCACCGGUCCAGACCGUGCCACCGCACUCGCUAGCCUGCACAAUGCCCUGCAGCAGCUACAGGUCAGCGGCCUGCCCACCAACACCGAAUUCCUGAAGAGAAUAACCCAGAACCGGGAGUUUCAGGAGGCAAGCCUGGGGCCCAGCUGCCAUUUUCCUGGCAGCGUGCGACCGCUUGAUUCGGGCUUGGAAGAUAGCGUGCUGGCGCUGGCAGCACUGGUGUUCCAGCAGACGGCUAUGCGGCGAGCACAAGAGGCUGUGCAAGGCUCACCCUGGCAGCGGCUCCGAGGUGAGAUGGGUGCGCAGGGCGCACCACCUUGCUGUAUCGCUGGUGACAAAAUCAAUAAUCAUACCGCCCGAAUUGCUGCCUUGGAUGCUGCGCAGCAUGAACUCGCCGUGUCUCGCAGCCGGGAUGGCUCUAUGCAAGUCAGCAGUGCCACCAGCGUGGCAGUGACCGGUGUGGAGCUGGGGGAGGACAGUGUGUGCGCCGAGGCUGCCCACGGCCUCAAGGGCACUGUUGCGACCGUGCAUUGCAGGCGGCCAGUGGUGCGCAAGUGGCUUCGCAGCGGGGUGUCUAGCCAGCAGGCUGGCACCGUCGUGACCCCCAUGCCAGGCAGGAUUGUGCUUGUGAGUCAGGGCACGACUGUGGAGGAGGGAGAGGCGCUGGUGGUGGUAGAGGCAAUGAAGAUGGAGCACACGGUGCGAGCGCCCUGCAACGGCACGGUGGCAGAGCUGCACAGUUUUGUGGAUGCGCAGGUGGAGGAUGGGCAUGUGCUUGCUGUGGUGGUGCCGUUGGAGGCGGCGGCGGCCACCGCCUAGGGCGCAGGCAUUCCCAUUCGUGGCUCGCGUGCUGGGGUGGCUCUGUACUCCUCAACUGCACUGUCAGAAUCUGAAGCGGCCCAGUUCAAUGUACCAACGCCUGAUGAAUGGCAGAAUCAGUGGAGGAUUGCAACUGUUGAGCGGCACGAUGGUCGCUGGUGAUUGCCUCACCAAUCCGUUGAGUUUUCAAUUUCUUAACAAGCUGUUGUCUGCCUGCUAUGCUGCUAAUGUCAACAAGUUUGAGCAGC